UGCUCAGUUGGCAGAGUAAUGAAGAUGCGCCACAGGGAAUGACAGGAUGGAGAUUCUCGCGAUAGCAUCACGCGCUCAGUCCACUAUGUCAGAGAAUUUCUAAUGGGAGAGUGCGGCUUCUGUAAAGAUGGCGGUCAGCAGCAUCCGAGGCCGCCCGACACGGAGCAGUCGGAUGCGAGGUCGGAAUGACAGCGGGGAGGAAAACGUCCCCCUGGAUCUUUCUAAAGAUCCUGCCGAGAACCUACGUGAAAUUCUUCAAAAUGUUGCGGGACAGCAAGGGGUCUCCAACGUGCGCAAACUUGGCCAUCUUAACAACUUUGUAAAGCUUCUCUGCAAUGUUGGCCACUCAGAGGAGAAGCUUGGCUUUACAUAUGAGGAGAUAAUUAUUUGUCUUCGGUUAGCGUUGUUGAAUGAUGCCAAGGAAGUACGUGCAGCUGGAUUACGGGCUCUGCGUUACCUUAUCAGGGACAGCUGUGUACUUGAGAAGAUGCUCCGGCUACAGGUGGACUACUUGAUUGCGAGGUGCAUAGAUAUCCAGCAAAGUAACGAAGUUGAAAGAACUCAGGCUCUCAGACUUGCACGCAAGAUGAUCACUGUGAAUGCACUGCUUUUCCCCUCCUCCGUCACCAACUCCCUCAUUGCCGUGGGCAACGACGGGCUGCAUGAACGAGAUCGUAUGGUGCGGGCCUGCAUUGCCAUAGUCUGUGAGCUCACCUUGAAGAAUCCUGUUGUGGUAGCACAGCGGGGCGGUCUCAGCACCAUUCUGAAGAGUGUGACUGACUGUCAGCUGAGUCGCAUCAAUGAAGCUCUCAUCACCACCAUCCUGCACCUCCUCAACCACCCUCACACCAGGCAGUACAUCCGCUCUGACAUUGAACUUGAGCAAAUCCUGGCCCCUUACACAGAUUUUCACUACAAACACACUGGUGACAGAGCAGAGGGGCAGCUCAAGGAGGAUAGGGAGGCUCGGUUCAUGGCCAGUAAAAUGUCUAUAGUUGCCUCUUUUCGUUCCUGGUCAGGCAUCAUUAACCUCUGCAAGUCAGGCAACUCUGGAAUCCAGUCUCUUAUUGGCUUACUUUGUAUACCAAAUAUGGAAGUGCGGAAAGGUUUGCUGGAGGUGUUUUAUGAUAUCUUCCAGCUUGUCAUACCUGUAGCAACUGCAGACUUCAAUGAAGCACUUAGUAGUGUAGACCCCAGCAGGUUUCAGGACAGCUGGAGGUUAUCUGAUGGAUUUGUGGCUUCUGAGGCAAAAACAGUACUCCCAUAUCGAUCAUGCUCGAGGCCAGACUUGAUGGAUAAUUACCUUGCUUUGGUCCUUUCUGCCUUCAUCAAGAGUGGACUCCUAGAGGGUCUUGUCGAGGUGAUCACAAGCAGCGACGAUGCCAUGUCCGUACGAGCUACCAUCUUGUUGGGAGAACUUCUCCAUAUGGCCAACACCAUUCUCCCUCACAGCCACAGCCACCAUCUACACUGCUUGCCCACCCUUAUGAACAUGGCAGCCUCCUUUGAUAUUGGUCCAGAGAAGAGACUACGAGCAAGUGCUGCAGUUAACUACCUGAAGUGUUUUCAUGAGAAGAAGAAGCAUGGAGCUAAACCGUACAGUCUCUACUUGGACCACAUCCUCCGCACCUCAGGAGCAUCGCACUGCUGCCGAGACCAGCACUUUAAACCUCAGAGAGACAUUUUCAAUGUCAAGGAAACUGAGGAUACUCUAAUGACCUACAUGAGAGACAGCCACAUCUUCAACCACAAGGAGAACUUAGACUGGAACUGGUCCCUCAUUGAAACCAUUUUGAAGGGGGCAAAUGUUAGUUUACGUAGCAGCAAGGAUGAACAAAUGCACAAAUUUGUGCAAAGGCUGCUUUUCUUCUACAAGCCCAGCAGUAAAUUGUAUGGAAGCAUGGAGCUGGAGCAUCCACAGGCCAGACAGCUCACUGUGGUUGGCUGUCAGUUUAUAGAGUUCCUCCUGGCAUCUGAAGAGGAAGGCCAGGCGUACCUGGAAGACCUGGUGAGGGACAUUGUCCAGAGUUUGUUUUCUUCUCCUGGACUCAAACCUGACCGCAGUCUGCAGGGCAGUGGGCUGCUAACCACACUCAGCCAGCAUUAUUUUCUCUUCCUGGGCACAGUGUCAGCCCACCAACAUGGUGUGAAGAUGCUUGAGAAGUGCAGCUUUUUUCAGUGUUUGUUGAACGUAUGUAGUUUGAAGAAUCAGGAGCACCUGCUGAAGCUGACGGUCUCCACGCUGGACUACAGUCGAGAUGGUUUGGCUCGGGUCAUUCUGUCCAAAAUCCUCACUGCUGCCACUGAUACCUGCAGGUUGUACGCCACUAAGCACCUGCGGGUCCUACUGCGCGCCAGCGUGGAGUUCUUCAGUAACUGGGGCAUCGAGCUCCUGGUCACUCAACUUCAUGACCGCAAUAAGAAUAUUUCCAUGGAGGCGCUGGACAUCCUAGAUGAAGCCUGUGAAGACAUGACCAACCUACAUGCACUGACAGAGAUGAAACCUGCUCUCACACACCUGGGGGACAAGGGUGUGCUACUGCUGCUGAGGUUUUUAUCUAUUCCAAAGGGUUUCUCUUAUCUCAGUGAGAGAGGAUAUAUCACUAAGGAAAUGGAGAAAUGGCAGAAGGAGUAUAACUUGAAGUACGUGGACAUGAUAGAAGAGCAACUUAAUGAGGCCCUCACCACAUACCGCAAGCCUGUUAAUGGGGACAAUUAUGUACGCCGCAGCAACCAAAGGUUACAGAGGCCAAAUGUUUACCUCCCUGUACACUUGUAUGGUCAACUGGUUCAUGAUAAGACCGGCUGCCAGUUACUUCAAGCCCAAAAUGUGGUUCGUGAUUUAAGCCACAGUGUUCGAUCAGCUGCGCUGGAGAAAUGGGAGGGCAUCAAAAAGCUGAAAGCAGCACUCUGGGCUUUGGGAAACAUAGGCUCAUCAAACUGGGGUCUGAACUUGCUGCUGGAGGACGGGGUGAUCACUGAUAUAGUGUCUCUGGCCCACCACUGUGAGGUUCUGUCCAUCAGAGGGGCGUGUCUGUAUGUGCUUGGCCUCAUCAGUAAGACAAGGCAGGGCUGCGACACAUUGAAGCAGCAGGGCUGGGAUGCUGUAAGACAUAGCCGCAGUAUGCUGUGGCCUGUCGUCCCAGAGGAGUUGGAGACGCAGCCCAGGCUGUCCUCUGUCCACAGUACACUCACACUCACAGAGUCCACGGGCUCCAGGCACACCAGUGAGAGUGACUCUGUACAAAUCGGUGGAUAUAUGCUUGAUGAUGAAAGGGUAGAGGGCGGUGACUUCUCAGAGGAGUCUUCUUUGUACUUUUGCCCCAGAGUGAUGAAAGACCGAAGCCCUUUCACCGUGUUGGCCUCUAGCCGCUUCCGCAACCGCCUUCUCAACUCCCUGUCUCUGCCUGGGAAGAGUCUUUCCCACACCCUUUACUCUAAAGGUAGCAAUCAAAGUAAAGAAGAAGGGCUGGAUGGAAAACAGGGACUUAAAUACUCGUUUGUAGCAGCAGAUGUGUUCCCUCUUUAUAAUGGCCACCUGUCUAAAAGCCUUUCUGGUUGUAGAGAGACCUCUUUUGCGGGGGAUAAAGCCAUAGAGAAUGGUGGGAGCAUCCCCAGCAGUGGGGAGGGGGAAACGGAUGCAGGGUUCAGGACAGUUGAGAACCAGCGGGAACAGUGCAGCUGUGAGCGUUUGGCUGAAGAUGGGCGUCCUGGAGGCAGUGGCGCCCAAUUUAAAAGCCGCAGCCAGAGCUUUAAUACCGACACCACCACCAGCGGCAUCAGCUCCAUGAGCUCCAGCCCCUCCAGGGAGACCCUGCCCUCCUGCGUAGACACCGACUGUGUCAGCCUGAACACUGUGAUAAGUACCCAGACCAUACAGAACUUAGUGACACCGAAACACCGCUCUACACCGCUCUCAAUUCCCAAGUCCUGCUCUACCUCGCUUGUACCCCCUGGCUCCUCCCACACCUUGCCUCGCCGAGCCCAGUCCCUCAGGUCUCCCUCAGUGACCACCCUGAGCAGCUUAGCUGACUGCCGCCUGUACUCUAGCUCCAGAGAUGCUUUGGGAUAUGCUACCACACUGAAGUGCUCAAGCUCCCACAACGGCUACACAAGUCCUCGUGACGCUCUGGGCUACACCACCCUAAGAAGGCUGCAACACCAACGCAUCCAGCCGUCUCUGUCGCACAGUGAGGCCCUGGCCUCCCCAGCCAAGGACAUACUCUUUACUGAUGCCAUCACCAUGAAUACAGGGAGUCUGGAUUCCAGACUCACCUCACAAAGAUUUCUGAACGCAUUGAGCUUUGCAUCUCUGGAUAAGGACGACUUGCUGAGCCCAAUCAACCAAACUACGCUGCAGCGCUCCUCCUCUGUACGCUCCAUAGUGUCCAGUGCUACUUGUGGCUCCUCUGAUGACUACAUGGGCUUGGCUUUGCCUGUCAAUAUCAACAACAUGUUCCAGAUUAAAGAAACACCGUAUUUCCAAAAGAGGCUGAGCCCGCCUUCUGAGGACUGCUCUGCUAAAUUCUUCUCUGGAGACUCUGAUGGUCCCAGUGAUGGAUGUCGGCCAGCAACGCUUCGUUCUCAGCUCAGUAUCACAGAGCUGAUGGCAGUGAGCCGGGCAGAACAGCAGCAGAUGCUGGGCUCCGAAGAGACGGGUCUUCAAGAACACAGCAAUAACAACUGCCUGUACUGUGCUGGACUGUCUGCGCUUGGCGACAACUCUCAAAACAACAACCCAGAUCUAACAGAAGUGCCCUCAUUAUCAGAGUGGUACAGUUUGCCUCCAGGAAACCAUGUGGAGGUCAUGGUCCAAGCCAAGCUGUCAGGGGUGUCUGGAUGCAGUGACACUGUGUCCCAGGGAUCUGGGGGUAGUGCUCACAGCACAGAGCUUGUUUUGGGGGUGAAGUCCAUCCCGGAGGGUGCACCGGCUGGCAGGGUACUACUGAGGAAGGAGGUGCUUCGUUUGGUCAUCAAUCUCAGCUCCUCUGUGGGGACCAAAAACCAUGAGACCAGCUUGUUAACGAUCAAGGAGAAGUUUCCCUAUGCAUUUGAUGACAUCUGUCUGUAUUCAGAGGUGUCCUACCUGUUGGCUCACUGCAUGUUCCGCCUCCCCUCACGCCGCUUCAUUCAGGAGCUCUUCCAAGAUGUGCCAUUUAUACCAAUGUAUGAAGAGGCAGAGAGCAUCCUAUCCGUGUCGCCACACAAGGGUUCAGCUUCACGCUCUGACGCUUGAUUCGCCUUAUACUCAGCUCUGCGUGUGUGUCAAGUCCCAGCCCAUUCACGAACAGUCACUGACGUCUUCGCACACUCGCCUGUUAUGAUAUCCUCUCCGACUGCUGUGUGUGCUCUCCUCACUGACAACCCAGCACAAACGAGUAACAACUUUCAGAAUGAUCACAUUGCAACAUUACUCAGAAUGAUACACCUACAUUUGAAGCCGCUGAAGCUAUUGUCGGCUUUUCUCUCUCUGCUUUUAUAUAGCAGUGCUGCUUAAAAGUUUGUGACCUCUUUAGAAUUUUCUAUAUUUCUGCAUAAAAAUGACUCUAAACGUCAGCGCAUAUUCGCACGAGUCCCGAAAGCAGAGGAAGAGAACCCCAUCAAACGAGACAGAAAUAUUAUACUUGUUUGUUCAUUUAUUCAAGAAAAUUCUGCCACUCGCCGCUCUUUUUAGUCGUUUUUGGUCGUUCAUGUGAAUCUGGCGGUGAGUCUGAUAAACAAAGGAGGGGUGGGGAGCUUGAGUUUGCUGAAAGUCAGGUUUGAUUACCUGUAGCCUGAGCACAUUAAGUGCUGCACGGUCACCACUGCCAUACAGAAGAGUGCAGCGUAAAUAAUGUUGCAAACUGUUUAAUGGUUCCUUUGUGUGAUAAUGUAAUGUCAGGUGAACUAGUUAGCAUUAGCUUGCUUAAUGGUGUUUCUCAACUCCAUUAAUAGUGGUGGAACGCACCUCAGUAUUGUGCUGAAGUACAAAUUUGAGGUAAUUUAGUUGAGUUAAUCUAUUUUCUGUUACUUUUUACAUUUCUAUUUAUCUGACUACUUUAGUUACUGCUUAAUUUGCAGAUUUCGAUUGACGAUAUGAAAAUAAAAUCAUGAAUUCAUUUACGAUAUUAUAUCAAUAAGGCUUUGUUGGUACACAAUGAGAAAUUCAUAAGCCACCUAUCAGAAUGUACAGCUCAUUUACCAGCUACAAAAUUAAAGUGGUGAACAAAUUAAUGGCUCAGUAAUUAUAAUUCCAAGAAUAUACUCUCUGAAAUAGGCUAUUCUUUAUAAUACCUUUACAUUUUGGUACUAUAUAUAUAUAUUUUGAUGCUAAUACUGGUACCUCUACAUAAGUAACAUUUUCAUUGUUGGAUUUUUACUAGGAACAGAGUAAUACUACUUGGUGCAUGCAAAAUGCUUAUACAGGCGAAGACACUUGUAUUAAAGUAUGCUAAAACUUAUUUGUAUAUUAAGGCAAGGUGAUGUUUUCUUGUUUUAUUCUAACCUCAAAGUUCUCCCAAAGGCUUCAUUUGGGUAUUAAAAUCCCUAGAAUUCUCUUCUGGUGUAUGAACCCCAACUAUGCACCAUUGUUGCCUUUUUCACUACUGUAGCAUUUGCAAGUCUGCAUUUGAUAUAACCUUAAAUGUCUCAUCAUUGUGAGGAAGGACUCUUUUGUGGAUGUUGAUCGGUCUGACACUUGCACAUGAUUGGAGGAGCACAUGGAGUGAAGUCAGACCAUUGUCAGAUUUCAACGUCUCUCUCUCUCUGUUUUUUAAAAUUCAAGUUAUUUUAGCAAUCUUUAGCACUUACACUGAAACAAGUCUUUGAGAACUCAGUGCUCUGGUGACCGCUUUUCAAACAAACAGUGAGGAAUGAGUUCUCUUGAGAAGGUAGCAGGCACUGUACUCAUUCGAGUUUGGCUUUACGUGAUAAAUAUCUGAAUGAACUUUCGACAUUUAUGAACUGAAUGUCAUUAAAAUAUAUCAAGUAGAACUUUUUAGCGCCAGUACAGGUGUUGUUGUAUUGGCAGUAAAAAGGUGCCCCCCCAUCAUUCGGACACAUUUCCUUUCGUCCUGGUUUGUGAUGGGCCAGUCACAAGGCUUUCUCUAAUAUGGAUCGGGGUUUGAUAUGAUAAUGUUGUUGCGCUGAUUGGUUGUAGGUCUAACCAAUUGUGUCCAAAGGCAUUAUGGUCUGUGGCUGCUGAUAAUGCUGUGCCAGUGUUUAUUCAUUUCAAUUUUUGUCUUCAGUGCCAAACUUUAAUCUCACUGUUCUGGGACCAUAGAUUGGGAGCUGCAAGGAUACAGUGAAUGGCCUUCAUACUAUUCCCAUUAAUCCACAGUAUCCUGUGAAAUAGUCAGUGUGGACGCUCCUGGUUUUCCCCCCAGAGGCCGCUAGAGGGCAUGCAGGAGUAGAUAUGAACCAGCACAAGGAAACUAGAGCAGAGCGGAUUCUACAAUACGCAAAAAGCGUGAACCCUGAAUUUUUUUUUCUUCAGAUCAUCUAGGAAUGGUCAAUACAUCAAUCAGAUAAAAAGUAAGAGUGCAAUAAGGUACAAUAAAGACAAUGUUAUAGUUUUCCUUUUAUACUGCUUGUGGAGGGAGGUAACUGUCUGACUGCAAUAAAAUCUGGAGUAUUUAAAUUAAUUGGAGGUGUCAAAAGUCACUAAGAGAGUUAAUGUUAACUACACUAAUACUACACAAUGUUCCCAUUUUUCCUUAAGUGCUGCAGAAGCAAUAGCUUUCAGCCUGCUGUUAAACCUGAGGUGUUGCUGCUUUCACUGCUACUUUUGCCACUGUGGAAAAAUAAAACACGAGUGCAUAUUCAUGGGUGCAAGAAUGCCUCAGUACUAAUAAGACUUCAUGUUUUUGCCAUAGUAAGUAUAGAUUAUUUUGCAUUGUUAUUUUUACUAAGUUCAUUCCAUGUUGAUAAGACAGGUGAACUCCCCCCAAAUCCCCCAAAUGGGAAAAUAAAUCACUUUUAACACUGUGUGUCUACCACUGUCACAUUUGUGUAUAAUAACAGUAAGUCAUAUGGACUACAUCUAAGCAAGAAGUACUGUUAUUGCACAGUUAAUUUUUUUUUCUUUCCUUACUGUAACAACAAUGACAUUAUGAUGACCAUUUGUGGGCAUGUUGCGCCAAUAUUUAUGAAAGAAGCACAACAUUGUCAUGCACUAUAUAAUUAUUGACAAUAAAAAUGGUAAUUGUCCAAACAGAACAACUCUUGUUUUA